CAUCCUACCUUUUCUUUGCAAACAUGGCGACCGAGGGAGAUGUCGAUUUGGACCUGGAAGCCGACGAAAACUGUACUGGGAAGCCGGCAGAAAAGCCUCGUAAACAUGACAGCGGUGCUGCAGAUUUGGAGAGGGUCACUGAUUAUGCGGAGGAGAAAGAAAUAUCCAGUUCGGACUUACAAACGGCUAUGUCAGUAAUUGGAGAUAGAAGGUCACGAGAACAAAAAGCCAAACAAGAGAGAGAAAAAGAGUUGGCCAAAGUCACUAUCAAGAAAGAGGAUGUGGAGUUAAUUAUGUCAGAGAUGGAGAUUUCGAGGUUCACAGCAGAGCGCAGUCUGAGAGAACACAUGGGCAACGUGGUGGAAGCUCUGGUGGCUCUGACCAGCUGAACGUGCACGCGCGCACACAGGACUCACCGUUUGUCUUGAGACCAAUUUCCUGAGGAUUGACUCUUCAAAGAAAAUGUAGUUUAAUCUUUGGAGGGGGAAAAAAAAACUUUUCACAAUAAAAAAAAAAUUUGUCUUUG